AUGGCCCACCCUCAGGACCAAGUCCACCACCACUCCCUCACGGACCCAGAGACCUUCUGGGCUCACCAAGCCGAGCAAUUGCACUGGCACAAGAAGCCCACCGCGGCCCUGUCCCGGACGACCAAGACCCUGCCCAAAUCCGGGAUCUCCCACGACCACUGGGAGUGGUUUCCGGGGGGCGAGAUCUCGACAUGCUACAACUGUGUCGACCGCCACGUCCUGGCCGGGCAUGGUGACGCGCCGGCUAUUUUGUAUGACAGUCCGGUGACCGACACGAAGCAGCGGAUUACGUAUAGUCAGCUGCUGGAUGAGGUCGAGGUGUUUGCGGGUGUGUUGAGGGAGGAAGGGGUGAAGAAGGGGGAUGUGGUAUUGGUUUAUAUGCCCAUGAUUCCGGCCGCCUUGAUCGGAAUCCUGGCCAUCAACCGCCUAGGCGCCAUCCACGCCGUGGUGUUUGGGGGCUUUGCCGCUGGUGCGUUGGCGCAGCGUAUUGAGGCGUCCCGUCCCGUGGCUAUUCUCACGGCCUCAUGCGGUAUUGACGGCAACAAGCCGCCCAUUCCGUACAAGAACUUCAUCGAGGAGGCCAUCCGCAUCUCGCCGUGGAAGCCCCCGAAGACCAUUAUCUGGCAACGCGAGCAGCAUUUCUGGCGGCCCACUCGCAAGUUGGAAGGCGAGAGGAAGUGGCAGCAUCUUGUGAAGAGCGCACGCGCUCGGAACAAGAGGGCGGAGUGCGUACCUGUCAAGUCGACUGAUCCCAUCUACAUCAUCUACACGAGCGGCACCACUGGUCUUCCCAAGGGCGUGCUGAGGGAGGCUGGCGGGCAUGCUGUGGGCUUGCACCUGUCCAUAUCGUAUUUGUUUGGUAUUCACGGGCCCGGCGAUGUGAUGGGCUGCUUCAGCGACAUCGGCUGGGUCGUCUCGCACAGCUACACACUCUAUGCGCCCCUUUUGACCGGCGCUGCUACCGUCCUCUACGAAGGAAAACCCGUCGGUACUCCUGAUGCAUCCGCUUUUUGGCGUCUCGUUGAAGAGUACAAAAUCAACACCAUGUUCACGGCCCCCACGGCCUUGCGUGCUAUUCGGAAGGAUGACACGAACAACUCACACAUCUCUCGCGUUGGGCAACGUGGCGGGCUAAAGAGUUUGCAGGCGCUGUUUCUCGCUGGCGAGCGGUCAGAGCCGGCCAUCAUUACCAUGUACCAGGACCUGCUCAAGAAAUACGGCGCGGAUGACGCGCAGGUCAUUGAUAACUGGUGGUCGUCCGAGUCUGGAUCGCCUAUUUCUGGCAUUUCUCUUGUGCCGCAUGUCGGGAAGAAUAGACAGACCGGCAUGAAGGAGAAGACCAAGCCGCUGGGUAUCAAACCUGGGAGUGCGGGCAAGGCGACGCCUGGCUUCGACGUGAGGGUUGUCGAUGAUGAAGGCAAAGAGGUUGAGAAGGGGAACAUGGGCAAUAUCGUGAUGGCUCUGCCCCUUGCCCCUACCGCAUUCCGGACUCUAUGGGAGGACGAAGAGCGGUUUUAUAAGGGAUAUCUGAAGCGGUUUGACGGCAAAUGGGUCGACACCGGAGAUGCUGGGUGGAUUGAUGAGAAUGGCUACAUCCACAUCAUGGCGCGGACAGACGACAUCAUCAACGUAGCCGCCCACCGCCUCAGCACCGGUUCCCUCGAACAAGCCAUCACCUCCCACCCCCUCGUCACCGAAGCCUGUGUCGUCGGCAUCCCCGACGCUCUCAAAGGCCAACUCCCCUUUGCCUUCGUCACCACCACCUCCUCCUCCUCUUCCUCCAACAACAACAACACACAACUCCUCUCCGAACUCCAAUCCCUCAUCCGCACACAAGUCGGCCCCAUCGCCAGCCUCGGCGGCAUGAUCCAGGGCCGGGGCAUGAUUCCCAAGACCCGCUCCGGCAAGACGCUGCGGCGGGUUCUGCGCGAGCUGCUGGAGAAUGGCGUGCACGGGGAGUUUGACAAGGCCGUGGCUGUGCCGUCUACUGUGGAGGAUGCGGGCGUGGUGGAUGUUGCGAGGGGGGAGGUGAGGAGGUAUUUUGAGAGUGUGGAUAAGGGACGGCAUGGGGCUAUUGAGGGGAGGGAGAAGGCGAAGUUGUAG